AUGGCAAAAAGAACUUCAAAGAGAGUAAGUGAAAGAAAAAAAACAAGAACCGCAGUGAGGAAUGCCAGGAAAGAAGCAAAGCUAAAAAGAGAAAUGAGGAAAAAGCACAAGAAUGUUACGAAGAUUCCGAAAGAUUAUCUGAUGACCGAUGAGGAAAAGGAGCAGCUUAGGAAAAUUAAAGAAGCUACGCAAGAGCGUAACCAAACCACGUCAGUUGAUUCAGAAGAUCCAGCAUUUAUCUCUGAGUUAGAAAAGUGCAUAUUCGAAAAAAAUUGUGAUGCUUUUGUUGAGAUCGUAGAUUUCAGAGAUAUUGAUUCCAGUCGAAGUAGACAAUGCGAAGAAAUCUUGAAGAAAAAUUCUAAAAAAAUUUUUAUGUGUAUGAACUUUAUCAGCAAUUCAUUUCAAAUGGAUCUUUCAUGGACUAAAAACGAAAAUAUUGAAGUACUGGCUGAUAUUUCCCGCUUGUCUGUCUUUAAAAAGAUUUGCAUUUUUGGAAAUCCAAAAAUUGGCAAAUUUUUGCUGAGUAAAAGCAUUGAGGAAACUAAUCCAAAGUCCGCAUUUGAAUUUAUCAGAAUACCGGUUAAACCAUCUACACUGUCAAAGGCUGUCAAUCUCUCAAAUUUGUUUAGAGGAUACAUUGAUAUUAAGGACAUUAACCCAAGUGCUAUGUUUGAAAAUUGUUGGGAAUAUAUUGAUCAGGAUGCAAUUAAAGAGUAUUAUAUUCUCGGAAGAUUUGAUUCCUGUGGUGCAUUUUUGGAUCUUCUUGCAGAGAAGAUGUCGAAAGAUUCGUCUAAGAAAAAGACACACGACGAGGCUGCAGUUGUCUUUUUCAAGGAUGUUAUCGAUGGAAGAAUUCGCUGGAUUAGAAAAAAUGGUAAUUUCUAUUUCCAGUUUACUGGAAUAGGAAGAUAG